AUGAAUUAAGACACAACUAAUGUGAUUUUGGUAGUGAUCACAAACAAAGCAAAUAAGACUCUAGGACAUGAUAAAUACUAUAAGGUAUUUAGUCAAUUUGGAACAAUCCAACGAGUAAAUAUCUCCAUCUUACUACAAUUUAGAUGCUAAUUUUUGAGAGAUCAUUAACUUGGAAGACAUUUGUUGAAUUCGAAUUUCCUGAAUCUGCCAACAAAGCCAGAUAGAUCAUGAAUGAUAAAUUGUUCUGCGAUGAUCCCUAAUUGCCAAUGAAUGUGUAUGCUAGCAAACUAACUUAUAUCACAUUCCAAGAGAACAACACUGGUGGAGUUGGUAUUGCCUUUAAUUUACCAUAGAUUACACAUAAUUAAGGAAAUCACAGUAGCCAGCCUCUUAAACACCAUAGUAAUAGAUGCCUAUUCAGUUGUUGUAGUCGCAAAUGCAAUUUUAGCAUUAAAUGUCUUAAUAAAUUCAACAAAUCAAUUCAGUUAUGGGAUAACUGCAAUUAGUAAGUGCUGAAGGAUUUUCUAUUGCUACAGUUUCAUCCAUUGAUCUCUAAUCUCAAAUUGAAAAAUAGUAGCAAUUGCUUAACUAGAUCUUUGAAUACUAAACCAAUUUCUAACACUUAACUGAUCAAUAUCAAAAUUUUCUACAAGGUGUCAAUAAAUCUGAGGACCCCCAAUCAAUAAAUGUUUAAUAAAAAUAAUCAAACAGAAAAAAAUUAACAUUGCCAGCUGAACAAUAGAACAAAAAUGAUCAAAUAGAAUUUUUGUAAAGCUAUUAAGAUAACAAUAAUAUUGAAACUCUUGACAAUUGCCAGGAAGAUGACUUAAAGUUUUAAGACUUAUGUCUGAAAGAAUCAGAUGAAGAGAUUGUCGGAUCUGAAGAAAUUGAAGAUGAAGAUGAUGAAGAUUAACAUAAUGAAUUUCUGAAGUACUUCGAAUCUAACACAGAAACCAAGAAUCAAUUCUCCAAUUUUCAAUCAGCUUUUGAAAAACCAUAAUAACAAACCUAAAUUGUUUAAUAAAUUUCAUAACCAUUAUCUUAACCACUCUAGAGAUAAGAUUAGGAUCAAUACAGAAAUAAAAUGAUUAAAAUGCCAGUCUCCAAGAGUAUGACCUUACAAUAAGUAGAAAGAUAACAAUUUGAAAAGAUGUAAUCUAGUGCUGAUAACUUAGAUGAUAAUUCUAAAUCACUUCAAUGUAUUAAUUUCAUUUAAAAUAACUUAGAAGCCAAGAGAUCAAAGGUCAUUUAUGCUAGAUGGUUCGACAAAAAAGUGGUUACUUCCCAAAUGCUCUACAAUUUAUUUAGUAUAUAUGGCAAUAUUGAUAAAAUGAUCUAUUUGAAGGAAAGAUCAAGUGCUUUAAUACAAUAUAUGACAUAUGAUUAUGCAGCUAUCGCAAAGGAAUCUCUCAAUGAUAUCAUGUUCUAUGGACAAUCAAUCAAAGUAUCUUACAAUAUUUAAAAAAGAUAUUCUUUUCAAAUUACGAUGAAAUAUCUUUAAAAACCUAACCGAGCAAGCCGGGUGAGUACACUUAAGAUCUUAAAGCUUAAGAGGAGUACUUUUAGGGAGGAGAAGAAACUCAUCGAAUUAAACCUGAUAGUACUUACACUCUAGCACCUCCAUGUGACACUAUCUAAGUGUCUAAUUUGACUAAGAAUUCUUGUUAAUUGAAUAUACUCUAAUAGUAUUUACAAGAGUAUGGAAUCAUCAAAUAAUCCAAAAUCAUCACUAAUGCAAUGAAAUACAUGGCCAUUCUCAAAUUUGCUAGCACUGAAAUUGCUUUAACAGUUUUAGUGAAAAAUAAUGGACUGGAAUUAGAUGGUAAACCCAUCCAAAUUAAUUUCUCAAAAUAAAAACUAAUCUGA